AUGCCCUCCAAAAUCACCGUCGCAGUCGCCCAAGCUCGCACCCACAAAACAACACAAGCCACCCUCUCCGCCCUCUCCCGCAUCGCCCACCACGCCCGCACCCGCGGCGUGCACCUCCUCCUCUUCCCCGAAGCCUAUCUAGGCGGAUACCCACGGACCUGCUCCUUCGGCUGCGCGGUGGGCUCGCGCGCCCCGCACGGCCGCGACCAGUUCCUGGCGUAUUUCCGCUCGGCGGUUGAUCUAGGCGAUACGCCUGCGGGGGCGGGCGAUGACUGGGUGCAUCGACGCUUGCCUGUCGCCAAGGGGCGGAGCGAGCGCGGCGAUGGGACGAGGGAGGAGAUGGAGCGCGUGGCGCGAGAGACGGGGGUGUUUCUCGUUGUGGGGGUUAUUGAGCGCGCGGGGGGCAGUUUGUAUUGUGCGGUUGUUUAUGUGGAUCCCCUGCGUGGGUGUCUCGGGAAGAGGAGGAAGGUUAUGCCUACAGGAACGGAACGCCUCAUCUGGGCGCAAGGCUCCCCCUCCACCCUCAAAGCCGUCACCACGCACCUCAACGGCGUCCCUGUGACGCUUGCCGCGGCGAUCUGCUGGGAGAACUACAUGCCCCUCCUGAGACAGAGCCUCUACGCCCAGAACGUCAAUAUCUAUCUUGCCCCCACGGCUGACGCGCGGGAUACCUGGCUGUCGCUUAUGCGGACGGUUGCCUGCGAGGGCCGCGCGUUUGUGCUCUCGGCGAAUCAGUGCGUACGCUACAACGAGUUGCCCGAGUGGGUGACCUGUCCCCCUGGCCCUGGGGCUGGGGGGCAGCAGACGCAACAGCUGCAGCUGCAGACCAGGCCGGCGCAUCGCAAGAAGCAUUCCAUUACGGCCGAGGGGCCGCAUGAGAUCGUUUGGCCCGAGGCCGAAGGGGGGAAGACCGGGGAGACGGUGACGGAGGCUGCUCCUCCGGCUGCUGCUGCUUCAGCUCCUGCGGUAGACGGUGUUCCUCAUGGCGAUGAUUUUGUCUGCCGCGGGGGAUCGUGCAUUGUCGGCUGCCAAGGUGACGUGCUGGCCGGCCCCAUCUGGGAGGUCUCUGCGGAUGAUGCGCCCGACUCGGCGGUGACGGCUCGCGCGGCUGGAACCGAUGCCGAUGGCAAUGCGGUCGGGGAUGGGCUGCUUGUGGCUGAGAUCGACCUGGAGGACUGUGAGCGCGGACGCCUGGAUAUGGACGUUGCGGGGAGCUAUUCGCGCAACGAUGCGUUCAAGUUGACGGUCGAUGGGUUGGACCUGAGUCCUCCUCCGUUCUAA